GCCCGCCCCCCCUGCGCCCAGUCCAGCGCCCGCUCGACCGCCGGCCGCUGCCCUGGACCCUGGCGUCCGGCUCCCCCCGGGCCAGGACCCCGCGUCGCGGACCCACGAUGGCCAAGCGCAGCUCGCUGUUCAUCCGCAUCGUGGAGGGGAAGAACCUGCCCGCCAAGGAUAUCACAGGCAGCAGCGACCCCUACUGCAUCGUGAAGGUGGACAACGAGCCCAUCAUAAGGACAGCCACUGUGUGGAAGACCCUGUGCCCCUUCUGGGGCGAGGAGUAUCAGGUGCACCUGCCGCCCACCUUCCACUCGGUGGCCUUCUACGUCAUGGACGAGGAUGCCCUCAGCCGGGACGACGUCAUCGGGAAGGUCUGCCUUACCAGGGACACCCUGGCUACUCACCCUAAGGGUUUCAGUGGAUGGGCCCAUCUGACGGAGGUCGACCCUGAUGAGGAGGUGCAGGGCGAGAUCCACCUGCGGCUGGAAGUGGUGCCGGGGACCCGGGCCUGCCGGCUGCGCUGCUCUGUGCUGGAGGCCAGGGACCUAGCCCCCAAGGACCGGAAUGGUGCAUCUGACCCCUUUGUCCGAGUGCGCUACAACGGCCGGACGCAGGAGACCUCGAUCGUGAAGAAGUCACGCUACCCACGCUGGAACGAGACGUUUGAAUUCGAGCUGGAGGAGGGGGCGGCAGAGGCGCUGUGCGUGGAGGCCUGGGACUGGGACCUUGUCAGCCGCAAUGACUUCCUGGGCAAGGUGGUGUUCAAUGUCCAGAGACUCCAGGCGGCCCAGCAGGAGGAGGGCUGGUUCCAGCUGCAGCCCGACCAGUCCAAGAGUCAGCGGGAAGAGGGCAACCUGGGCUCCUUGCAGCUGGAGGUGCGGCUGCGGGACGAGAUGGUGCUGCCCUCCGGCUGCUACCAGCCCCUGGUGCAGCUGCUCUGCCGUGAGGUGAAGCUGGGCACCCAGAGCCCAGGGCAGCUGAUCCUACUCAUCGAGGAGACGACAAGCACAGAAUGCCGCCAGGACGUGGCCACCACCCUGCUCAAGCUCUUCCUUGGGCAGGGACUGGCCAAAGACUUCCUGGACCUGCUCUUUCAGCUGGAGCUGGGUCGCACCAGUGAGGCCAACACCCUGUUUCGGAGCAAUUCUCUGGCCUCCAAGUCCAUGGAGUCUUUUCUGAAGGUGGCUGGAAUGCGGUAUCUGCACGGCGUCCUGGGCCCCAUCAUUGACAGGGUGUUUGAGGAGAAGAAGUACGUGGAGCUGGACCCCAGCAAGGUGGAGGUCAAGGAUGUAGGGUGCUCCGGGCUGCACCGCCCGCAGACCGAAGCUGAGGUGCUGGAGCAGAGCGCGCAGACGCUGCGCGCCCACUUGGGGGCGCUGUUGAGCUCGCUCAGUCGCUCGGUUCGCGCAUGCCCCGCCGUGGUCCGCGCCACCUUCCGCCAGCUCUUCCGGCGCGUGCGCGAGCGCUUCCCCAGCGCCCAGGACGAGAACGUGCCCUUCAUCGCCGUCACCAGCUUCCUGUGCCUGCGCUUCAUCUCUCCUGCCAUCAUGGCGCCCAAGCUCUUCCACCUGCGGGAGCGGCACGCAGACGCCCGCACCAGCCGCACCCUGCUCCUGCUGGCCAAGGCGGUCCAGAACGUGGGCAACAUGGACACACCAGCUUCCAGGGCUAAGGAGGCUUGGAUGGAACCGCUGCAGCCCACGGUGCGCCAGGGCGUGGCCCAGCUGAAGGACUUCAUCACCAAAUUGGUAGACAUCCAGGAGAAAGAGGAGCUGGACCUGCAGCGGGCCCUGAGCUUGCAGGCGCCGCCAGUGAAGGAGGGGCCACUCUUCAUACACAGGACCAAGGGCAAGGGCCCCCUCAUGUCCUCCUCCUUUAAGAAGCUCCACUUCUCCCUCACCACGGAGGCCCUCAGCUUUGCCAAGACACCCAGCUCCAAGAAAAGCACCCUCAUCAAGCUUGCCCACAUCCGGGCAGCAGAGAAGGUGGAGGAGAAGAGCUUCGGCAGCUCCCAUGUCAUGCAGGUUAUCUACACGGACGACGCGGGCAGGUCCCAGACCGCCUACCUGCAGUGCAAGUGUGUGAAUGAGCUGAACCAGUGGCUGUCUGCACUGCGGAAGGUCAGCAUCAACAACACCGGCCUGCUAGGCUCCUAUCACCCUGGAGUCUUCCGUGGGGACAAGUGGAGCUGCUGCCACCAGAGGGACAAGACAGAUCUGGGUUGCGACAAGACGCGGUCCCGGGUGACCCUUCAGGAGUGGAAUGACCCUCUCGACCAUGACCUGGAGGCUCAGCUCAUCUACCGGCACCUGCUGGGUGUGGAGGCCACACUGCGGGAGAAGCACCGACAGCUGAGUGCGGACCCAGAGGCAGGCCCUGUGCUCCCGGGCCCCGGAGGAGCCCCCGAGGACCCACUGGCCCAGCUGCUCCAGGUACUGCAGGACCUCCGAGAGGCCCAUAGGUCCAGCCCAGCUGGCUCCCCACCCUUGGAGCCCAGCCGCGUCCUGGAGCUGCAGACGUGAGGCCGCCCCACACUCCGCGCUGAGCCCCGCCAGGUGCUGGGAGACCCCCGUGCACUCUCAGCUGUUCACCUCGGUCCCUCUCGUUGGGGUGCA